AUGCUUUUUGAGGUUGCUGCUCCCAUCAAUCUGCUCAGUAAAAAUAGCUCAUCUUGUAAUGGAGGAGAAAGUUCGAGUCGCAGCGCAGAGAAACGGGCAGCUAAUGAACAAGCUGAAGACUUCACCACAAAGCCUGCUCCUGCCAAAAUGUCCAAGUUUGGAUUUUCCAUAGGCAGUCAGACAGCGAAGAAGGCAUCUGCCAUAUCCAUCAAACUAGGAGCGAAUAAGCCUAAAGAGCCUGUUCCAACCCUUGCUCCAAAAACUCUUUCUGUAGCAGCAGCUUUCAAUGAAGAUGAAGAUAGUGAACCAGAAGAAAUGCCUCCAGAAGCCAAGAUGCGCAUGAAGAACAUUGGAAGGGAUACACCAACCUCAGCAGGACCAAAUUCCUUCAAUAAAGGAAAGCAUGGUUUUUCUGACAACCAGAAGCUAUGGGAACGAAAUAUAAAAUCUCAUCUUGGAAAUGUCCAUGACCAAGAAAAUAACUAAAUGAUGUGGAUUGAGAGUUGGGUGUUUGGGGGGAGGGUGUAAUGUUAAAGGAACAGUUUCCUUUUUUAAGAAUGGUAUAAAACUAUCUUUGGAGCCACUUUUUUAACAUUUUGAGUGGUACACUAAUAACUGAGUUUGAAAUUAGAAGUAAUUUAUGUUUUGUAUACAGAUUUCAAGGCAUUUGCUAAUUUUGUAGUUCCAUGUGAUUAGUUUCAAAAGGUUACAGAUAAUAAAGAAAUUGGAGUGG